AUGGUCAAGGUAGCCGCCGACCUUCCACCGGAAAUAAUCUUCCAAAUCCUCGACCUCUUCAACGCGCCGGACGAACUAGAUAUUGACCUCACAUUCUUCGAAGCAGGAAAUGUCAGUCCGUUGUGGCAAGCAGCAGUGUGUUAUCUUCUCUUCGAGAUCGAUGUUGGCGCCCUCGCCAUGUCACCUGGUUUCUGGUGCUUUCUGGAAGACCGAGUCACUGCAAUGAAGGAACAAGUACAAGAAUAUCAGCAGAAUAUUCAAGACGCUCGUCAGAUGACUAAAAAGGCGCGCAAAAAGGCAUCAGAUCUGGGCAUUCAUGUAGCUCCCUAUGAUGGAAAAUUUCCAGACGAGUUCUUUGAAGAGGAAGCCAAGAAGCGAACUGAGUCUAGAAACGACUUCAUCCAAGAAACUCAACAAAUCAUGAAAUUCUGUGGGAGCUGGAACGAAGAACCGGUUACACUGGAUGGUGACAGAAGGGAAAUCCUGUGGACAACGCUAGUCCAGGACAGAAUCAACUCCUCCAGCGGAUGGCCAGGUACUAUCAGUGGACGGCCACUUCUUACUACAAAAAUCCGUCCGAUUGGACUCACGAUUGGUGAACUGAAAAUCGACGAUGAGGGAAUGUACAGAGAACUUGAGGUCAGAGAACAAAAGACGAUCGAGGAAGUCGAUCCGAAGCCGACCAGACGACUGACGUAUGCUGAAACCGUCUCGCGGUCGUUCUACGCAAAGUACUCGAGUUUCGGUCAGGCAGGUCGAUUCCGUUGA